AUGACCCCGCGGGAUCUGGGUACCUUCGGAAUCAAUGACUCCCCAGGCGGAAUAACCGAUCAGUUUACCGGCAAUGACUGGGAUUAUCGGGCUCUUCCCGAUGCUGCUAAUUCCUCUCGACAACGUUGGCGCACGUGGUUUUACCUGGUAUAUGCUUCCAUUCCAACGGGAGGCGACGGGAGUGGAGACCUAAGCAUUAGACGGACGCACCUGUCGGACCGCGUGAAUGACUUCCGACCAAGGGAACUAAGGCUCAAAGGAGAGAAUGAACGCCUUUUGGCUAUCUUGGAGUUUCUUGACCCCCUGGGCAAGUGGGGCACACACCGUUGGAGGGGCUUUGCUUUGCACGCUCUCGCUGGCGAGGGUUAA